AAGACUAACACUGCGCGGAUUGGAGUGUAUUCUGUAAUGUUUGUGGAUCAAAGAGAAUAAGAAAGUAAAAGUGUUAGUAUCAAACAGACGCGAACAUACGGUUUAAAAGGGAAAAUAACACUACUGCUAAUUGGAAAUUGACUAACAGACGAAGAUUUCACACAGAGGACAUACAGUUUCUGGACAGGAGCGUGUUUUGAAGUUUGAUAAAUUGUCUAUUGUAUUGCCGAAGAUUUCAUACAACGAAAGUGAACAACUUGAAAACUUGUGAUAAAUAGGGUCGAUCACUUUAUUAGAAAUUGUUCUAUGGUUUGGAUUUAAUAAAUGAGAUUAAGGAUUUUAAAAGAUUUUUAAAAAUCGCCUUAUCGCGGCGAUCAAGUGAACGGGGACACAAGGUUUAACGCAUUGUUAAAAAAAUGAUGAUGCCAGGAUGAAUUUCGGAACAUUAAUUUGACAAGUUUAAUUUCGGGUUCCGAGGAUCAAGUGGUUCAGUGGAAUGUGUGAUAUUCGGGUUCUGGAAGUUCAGUCAUGUUCGGAUUACGAGUACCGCUGGUGCACAGCCUCGGCUCCGCGGAUUUCGACGGGGUUCAUACCAUUCUAAAUCACAGUUGCUUAAAAGAGCCUUCCUUGUGGUUGUCAAAGGUAAACCAAAACGGUGAAAUAUUUGAACUGCAGCUGGAACAGGAGGCAAAUUCUUCAACACUGAUAGGCUUGGCCAGUGUGCAAAAAGACUGUUUGUGUUCAUGUAGUGACUGUGCCACAGAUGACACUGGUUAUGGUACAGAUACAGAUUUGUAUUCAAGUUUACGGAAAAAUGACUUCAGAACAAAAGACCCUUUGAAUGAUUUUAAUGAUGUAGAUGAUAUUUUAAACAGUAGUUUUGCUAGUUGCUUUGAUGACAAAACCUCACAGGACUUUCAGAGAGUUGAAGGAGACAUUGACAGCCUUUUCCAGUCACAAAUUGAUUAUCCAUCUGUCAGUCACAGUGAAGAUAUUACAGUACCAGACCUUUCAGAAGAUUUUACACUCAACAUAGAUAACUUCUUUAAAACUGACAGCUUUGACAAAAUGUACACAGACGUUUCUGUGAAGAACAAAUCUGAACAAACAAAAGAAAAACACAAUACAUUUCUAGAAUUGUCUUCACUGUCUCAGAAUAUGUCAGAUUCCAAGAAAUGUGAAUGUGAAAAAAGAAAUUCUACAUCAAAGCAUAAUGUAGAAAUAACUGUCAAGUUAAAACCUAAAAUAUUACCAGAGGAUAAGCUUUCAACAGUUGAGUUAUGUGAGUUUAUACUUGGAAUAGUUCCUGGACAUUAUGGAUCUAGUCAGACACCUAACAGCAAUGGCAGAAAAAAAGACAGACGUGUUAAAAUCAGGGGACUUAUACCCACAGGACUUGCUUCCAAAUAUGCAGAAAUAAGAGUUGGAGACUGCCUGUUGUCAAUCAACGACCAGACUGUGACCUGGGACAACCUGGACAGCGUGCUCACUGUCCUUCAGUACCAGAGACAGGCCAAGUUGCUGAUACGGCAGUCAGGCAAACAAAGGUCAGCUGUUCCGACAAAGUCCCAGCCAACCAAUAGACUGGUUCAGCUGGUUACUGGCUCUAAUAGCAGUGCUGUGAGUCUGGCUGACAUUGCUUCGGAAAAUUGGGAACCCUUCUAUGGCGCCAUGUACCUCUCACUGGAUGGAGUCAAUUCAGAUAAUAUGCAAGCUAAGGAAGAUAUUGUGUAUCAGUUCCCACGGGUUGACAACAAAGUGAUAGCUUCUCGAGGGAUGCUCAUUACUUUAGCUGGAAGUGUUAAUGACGCCACACAAUCUACUGUUCAAAGCACGACCUUGAUGGUUGACAACAGUCUUGUAAAUAUUGUAUAUCACUGUGAGGGACAAAACCUUUUUGUCAUAUCUGCACCUGAAAAUAGAUUUUCACUCCCUUCUCUCACCACACUCAUCAAAGACCUCGUGCGUCUCCUCCAAGUUACCCACGGUUCCAUUCACCAGGCCUUCACAUCAUCAACCAAUCAUAGUCAACUAGACUGCUUUUUCACACUUCUGCACCAGAACUGUGUCUCUCAGCCAAACAAUGGUGUGCCAGUCAAGGAAAAGUUGUGCAAUCUUAGCCAAUCAGCUACAGUCCUUACCUUGCCAAAUGAGAUUAAAACAUUUACUGAUCGGAUGCUGACAGAAUUUGAAUCUGCAGACUUUGGUGACAUGUCUGACAGUUACUAUGGUUGCAGAAGAAGUUACAAUAUUCUGGGCUCCUGUCUGUUCUAUAAGAACUACCUCAUAAGUAACCACCUGUGUCGGGAGGACCUAGAGGACUUUACAACGUACCUGACAUACCACUCCCUCCUCACCCUCACCGCCGACCAGGGGCUUGGGCAGCUGGUUGUGUGGCGUGAAGUUUACCCAACCGGUCACUGCCACUCCGUACCUGACGAACAACAGUUUGGCUACACAGAGCCCCUCAUUGCCAGGUGGUUCUGGCUUGUUGUUGGAUAUAAAAAUCUCAUUAUGUGCAUUUCUUUGGAAAUUGGUGGAUGCACAAAAGUUGUAGAUGGUGUGUCCCCUCCUGACCCUUUUCUGAUUGACCAGGCCCGCGCUGUCCUCAUACAGCUGUAUGCUCAAAAUAUGGCUACACUCUGCCAAAACAGCCUCAAUUACCCAUCCAACUCACUAGUCACAAAGCCAGAAAGUUUAUUGCACCCGGACCAAAGACGACAUGACCUUAUCUCAAGGUCAUUGAAGAAACUACCUCACAAGGACAUCCCAGUGCUUGGAAACCUGGUUGCCGGGGGAGACCAGGUUGGACUGCUAAGGCGACCACUGAGCAAGAGAAAGGACUCAUAUGAGUCUGAUAAUUCUAGUGAAAGCAGCGGAGAAUCUUUCUUUAAGUUUUCAAGGAAAGGUCGUCUGUUCCCGGAAACAGCCGAUCUGCUACAGAACAUAUCUGAAGCACGUGAAGACCAUCCACCUCUCAACUCUCACAGAAAACUGACAGUGGGUGCAGACAACUGUCUAUUUCAUCUGACCUACAUAGAUCACCUGGAGGGUGUGGUCAUCUCAUCACUAUGGGAACAGGGUGGGGCGUGCAGCCCCUUGGAGGCGGAAAUCCACCACUCUUUCCAGCUUGCCACUCAGAAAAUCAAACAUGUGUUUGACAAUGCCAGGAAAGUCAAGGAACAAAGUAAGAAUGAGAAGGCUCACGUGUGUGGAUUGAACCAGGACUUUGUUCAUGUGCGGGAGGAAGGUGUCAUGUUCACAUGUUCACCAUCGUCCGAGGACAAAAAGGCCCCACCACUGUGCUAUUGGGUUACAGGACGGCUACUCUCUCGAUCAAUGAAGAGAGAGGUGUUCGUGUGUUUCCACGAAUCAACACCUCAGACAGUGAUAGAGCUGGCAUUUAAGACGGCAAUGGGAUACCUGCCAUUCUAAUCUGGAGUGCUGGAAUUAUGAAGAUGAUGUAUACAUGUAUCAAUAGAUAAAACCUGUUCCUUACUUAAAUCAUCUCCACUUGGAACUUGUAAUAGCAGCUAAAUGAUGUUAAAAGUUUUUUUGAAUACUUUUGAACUUUAAAUAUUAAAACAGAUUGUUUAAAUCUGUACACUUGUUAAAUAUGUACACCACUGCAAUAGUGAAAUGAUAUUUUUUGAAACAAUAUUCAAUGCAAUAUUCCUGUUGUUCACAUCACAAUUAUCAUUCAGAUUGUUAUUUUAUAAGAAUAUUUUAUUACAAAAGCCAAAAAACAUAGCAUUUAAACAUGUGAUUCAUUGUUUGCUUUAAAUGUCAAAGCACAUUGACUGUUGACUUUAAAUGUCAAAGCACAUUGACUGUUGACUUUAAAUGUCAAAGCACAUUGACUGUUGACUUUAAAUGUGAGAGGACUUGGACUGUUCGUUUUUCGUUGAAUUUCAAAGGACCUUGACAAUAACUCUGUUUAAACCAAUCAUCAUGAAAACUUGGUUAGAAUAUUUGUCAACAUGAAUGAAUAUGGAUAAUCUUGGGUCAAAAUCUUUGUCACUAGGUUAAAUUUCAAGACAAAAUGUUGUGUUCAAGUUUCUUAUUAAAGUGUAUCCAAAACAAUUUUCAUUACGAUAUUCAUGACCAGUGAAAAUAUGGGUCAUCUCAGGUCAAACACUUUGUCUUACCAGUGUGAAUAUGGGUCAUCUUUGGUCAAACACUUGGUCUUACCGUGUGCAGUUAUUUAUCAAAAAAUAAUCAAUUGCCAUUUUCUUUUCUCUUAAAUGUUUACCUUUGUAUUUUUAUUGAAUGCAUUUAAAGAUUUUAAGUUUCGAUCAGUUGUAGUAGUCAUGUAUGAACACUUUUUUAACACUAAUUUUUUAUUUUCAAAGUAUAAUAUCAAAAUGCAAUAAAUUUAUUGGUGAAUAUAUUUAUUUAAUGACAACGAAUAUAUGAGAUUAUUGUUUUGCUUGUUAAACAUAAUUGAAUAAAGCAUUUACUGAA